AUGAGUACUACCACGGUAUCGCCGACGACAGCCAGCCCCUUGAGCACUGCUAUCCCCACUUGCACAACACCCAAGCCUGGGAAAAACGGCUAUCUACCUCCAGAGGCGUGCGAUGUGAUACUCUACUAUGUGCCGUCCUUUGGUGCUGCUGUCUUCUUUUGCGUUCUAUACGGGUUGUUGAUGAUUGCGCACAUAGUGCAAGGCUUCAUGUAUAAGAAGAGAUAUACGUGGGUUAUCGUGAUGGGAGCACUCUGGGAAUUACUCGCCUUCGUUUUCCGCUCGCUUCAAACGCGCCAACAGAAUAACGAAAGUUGGGCUACGGCACACACCGUUCUGUUCCUGCUGGCUCCUCUGUGGAUCAAUGCAUUCCUCUACAUGACUAUCGGUCGCCUGAUCUACUUCUUGAUCCCCGAUAAGCGCCUCGGAGGUAUCACCGCGAAGCGAUAUGGACAGUUAUUUGUCUGGUUAGAUAUUGUGGCAUUUAUUGUUCAGGCCGUCGGCGCCAUAAUGACGACCGACACGCAGGCUAGCAAUGCUGAGACUAUGCACGGCGUGCAUAUCUACAUGGGUGGAAUCGGGUUGCAGGAGCUGUUCAUUCUUAUCUUCAGCGGCCUGGCUAUCCAUCUGCAUCGUCGCAUGAUAGUCAUGGAGCGCAUUGGACAGCUGGAUGACGAGAAGUUACAUCGUGGACGGAUGCCGUGGCGGUGGUUGUUUUAUGCGAUGUACACCGCGCUUGGGAUGAUCACUAUUCGAAUUAUCUUCCGUCUCGCUCAAUACGCCGAUGGCACAAACCCCAACAACCCCGUCCUGACACACGAGUGGUACGAGUACGUCUGGGAUGCUGCCCCGUUGUUCAUUGCCAUCGUGCUGAUGAACAUCUUCCACCCCGGGUGCGUGCUGCAGGGACCGGACUCGGAGUUCCCCAAGUUAAGCCGGAAGGAGAAGAAGCAAAUUAAGCGAGAGAAGAAGGAGGCAAAGAAGACGCUGAAGGAGUCCAGGAAGAAGGCGAAGCUAGGAAAUGGAAUUGAGUUUGAGCAGCUAAGGAGACAAGAAGAGGGAGGAAUGGGCUAUUCUGAUGGGAGUUAUGACGCCGUGAACUCGGAUUCGCGAUGA